GGGGACGUUACAAGCGCGCGGGUAUUCACACGUCACCUCUUCUUCCCCCCGCCCCUCCGCCGUGGCCAUGGCCACCGCCGCGGCAACUCUCCCGCUCCUCCAUCCUCCAGUCCCCAAACCUGCAACCCUACAACUGCACGCUCUCCCACCUCGCACCCGCCUCCACCCCAAAACGCACCCUCACCCUCUCCCCCUCCUCUUCCUCCUCCCGCGCCGCCGCCGCGGCGGGCCCAUCGCCGCCUCGCCCACGGCCACGCCCUCGUCCACGUCCGCCUCCUCCUCGCCCUCCUACGAUGCCCGCGAGGCGGAGGCCGCCGUCGCGGAGCUCCUCCGCGAGAGCGGCGCCUCCCCGGCCGACGCCGCCGCCAUCGCCGCGCGCGCGCCGGCCUACGCCGCCAUGCUCGCCGACGGCGUCCGCGAGCUGGACGAGCUCGGCCUCUGGGCGUCGUGGAGCUCCGGUGCCGGGGCCCGGGUGGGCCGCGGCGGGGCCGUCGAGAUGGACAUGGGGAGCCUCGGGUUCCGGAGGAAGGUGUACCUCAUGGGACGGAGCAGGCGUGACCACGGCGUGGUGCCGCUCCUUGAGAGCGUCGGGGUGCGGCUCUCCUCCGCCAAGCUCAUCGCGCCGUAUGUUGCGGCCGCUGGCCUCCCUGUGCUGAUUGAUCGGGUUAAGUUUUUGAAGGAAAUAUUAUUUUCAAGCAGUGAUUAUGCAACAAUAAUUGGAAGGAAUGCUAAGCGCAUGAUGACACACUUAUCAAUACCUGCAGAUGAUGCACUUCAAAGUACUUUAUCAUUUUUUGAAAAAAUGGAGGCUAGGUAUGGUGGUGUUAGCAUGUUGGGACAUGGAGAUAUGUCAUUUCCUUAUCUCAUCGAAUCAUUUCCAAUGCUGCUUCUCUGCUCUGAGGAUAAUCAUCUAAAUCCAUUGAUUGAUUUUCUUGAGUACAUUGGAAUUCCAAAACCAAGGACUUCAUCAGUUCUGCUGUUAUUUCCUCCUAUCAUUCUUUCUGACAUUGAAAAUGAUAUCAAGCCGAGGAUUCAUGAAUGGGAGAAGGCUGGCAUUGAACAAGAAUAUAUUGGGAGGAUGUUGCUGAAGUAUCCAUGGAUCCUUUCAACAGGUGUGAUAGAGAACUACAGGCGGAUUCUUUCAUUCUUCAACCGAAAAAAGAUUUCUGGUACAGUCCUUGGUAUUGCUGCGAAAAGUUGGCCUCAUAUUCUUGGCUGCUCUACAAAAAGAAUGAAUUCAAUUCUGGAGUUGUUUGAUGAUCUGGGCAUCAGUAAGAAAAUGGUUGUUCCAGUUAUUACAUCUAGUCCACAGUUGUUGCUGAGAAGACCUAACGAGUUUCUGCAGAUUGUUUUCUUUUUCAGCGAAAUGGGUUUUGAUAAGGAAACAGUGGGAAAGAUUUUGUGUCGUUCUCCCGAAAUAUUUGCUUCAAACGUGGAAAGUACCCUCAAGAAGAAAAUUGACUUUCUUGUUGACUUUGGUGUUUCCAAACAUCAUCUUCCUCGCAUCAUAAGGAAGUAUCCAGAGAUUUUAUUGUUGGACAUAAAUCAUACUCUGCUUCCCAGAAUGAACUACCUAUUGGAGGUGGGUUUGUCUAAGAAAGACGUGCGUUCAAUGAUCUUUAGAUUUUCCCCACUUCUGGGUUACAGUAUCGAGCUUGUUAUGAAACCAAAGCUUGAGUUUCUGUUAAGGAGCAUGAAGAAACCACUUAAAGCAGUUGUAGAAUAUCCUAGGUACUUCAGUUAUUCACUAGAAGGGAAGAUAAAGCCGCGGUUUCGGGUACUACAGAGUAAAAACAUAGAGUACAGUUUGACAGACAUGCUUGCAAAGAAUGAUGAACUUUUUGCUGAAGAGUACUUGGGAACAGGAGUACUUCAGAAACCUCUACCAUGAAGCAAAGGCAGUUGAUUUCUGGACUAAAAUGAAGGGCCAGCCAUGCAAUGCACCAUGCCUGAACUGUACAGCUUUAUGCUUCCACAGAGGAGGCUGUUUUUCAGAUGGGAGUCCACUUUUCCAAUGCUCGGUAUUAAGGAGGUAACACACUACACAUGAAGUUACCUAAGCAAAGGUAACAGUUCCGUGUUGACUCAGCAGGUUCAGGCCUUCAGGCAAACAAAGGAAAUUUGCAAAAUAAUGUGGUUUCCAGCUAGGAACAAAUGGAAAAGGGCGCUCAACAAUCUACAUAUUUGUCGUGUGAAUGGCUACAGGAAUCAAUGCAGGCCAUGAUCCUCGAGGAAUUAUUGGUCAUGCAUACCCGUAGUCCCCAUCAUUCUCAUGGAAUGAAAAGCUUCUCAAUGGCCUCCCAUCCUGCGUUUAUGCCGAUCUGGCCUGAGGGCUGACCCAAAGAUGGUUGCCGCUACAUUGACCAGCUACAUCAGGGCGUCGGUGUUUCAUUUCUUGCCCAUAGCUGUGAUGCCAAAUAUGCAAUGCUGCGCUGCUUCCUUGAAAUGACCCUAUUUUUUCCAUAAAACGUUUGAAAAGUGAUUUCCAGCCAUAAAAAACGGAUCUGCUGCCGUGGACGAGUUGCUUGCGUGCAGCUCAUCGUGAAACCAGCGCCGGCUGCCGUGCCUUCGUCGUUUUCCUCCGUUCAGAUCGCAGCUUCCCCGGAAGUCACCGUAAUUUGAUUUUGUAUUCACUAUCUGCAGCAUGAGCAAGCAUCGAGAAUCCCUGUUGGACUUAGCAAUUGAGUCAUCUUCCUCUGAUGAUGAUGACUUUUUAAUUGGCGCAUCAGAAAUCAUGUAUACGUAUUAUCAGUCUUGCAAUAAGCCGAAACAUGGUGGUUCGGUCCCUGGGCACAAAGUUGUUCGUCGUAAAAGAGAAGUAGGGCACUGGAAACUAUUCGAAGAUUACUUCUCCGAUGAUCCAACGUACGGUGCUGAGUUUUUUAGAAGAAGGUUUAGAAUGAGUCGACCUCUGUUCUUGCGCAUAAUGCGUGCGGUAGAUCAUGAUGAUUACUUCGUGCAAAAAAGAAAUGCGGCUAAUAAACUCGGAUUAAGUUGCCUCCAGAAGGUAACUGCUGCAUUCCGUAUGCUAUGUAAUGGAAUAGCAGCGGAUAGCACAGAUGAGUACGUUUGUAUUGGAGAAAGUACAGCUAUCGAGAGUAUGAGAAGGCUUGUCAUAGCUGUUGUUGAAA